CCUUUCUUCCGACUCCUGAACCUGCGCAGGCUGGGCCUGAGUGACAAUGAGAUCCAGCGCCUCCCUCCCGAGGUGGCCAAUUUCAUGCAGCUGGUGGAGCUGGACAUCUCCCGCAACGACAUUCCGGAGAUUCCCGAGAGCAUCAAGUUCUGCAAGUCCCUGGAGAUUGCAGACUUCAGUGGAAACCCCUUGUCCAGGCUCCCCGAGGGCUUCACCCAGCUGCGCAACCUGGGCCACCUGGCCUUGAACGACGUCUCCUUGCAGAGCCUGCCCAACGACAUUGGCAACUUGGCCAACCUGGUGACCUUGGAGCUCCGUGAGAAUCUGCUGAAGUGCCUCCCGGCUUCGCUCUCCUUCCUUGUCAAAUUAGAGCAGCUGGACCUUGGGGGCAACGACCUGGAAGCGUUGCCAGACACCCUGGGCGCCCUGCCAAACCUGCGUGAGCUCUGGCUGGACAGGAACCAGCUCUCCUGCCUGCCCCCGGAGCUGGGCAAUCUGCGACGGCUGGUCUGCCUGGAUGUCUCCGAGAACAAGCUGGAGCAGCUGCCCGAUGAGAUCAGUGGGUUGGUGGUGCUGACGGACCUGCUUCUGUCGCAGAACCUGCUGGAGAUGAUUCCCGACGGCAUUGGCCAGCUGAAGCAGCUCUCCAUCCUGAAGGUGGACCAGAACCGUCUCACAGAGGUGACCGAAGCCAUCGGGGACUGUGCAAACCUGUCGGAGCUCAUCCUCACUGAGAACCUGCUACAGACCCUCCCCAGGUCUCUGGGGAAACUCACCAAGCUGACCAACCUCAAUGUGGACCGGAAUCGCCUGACGUUGCUUCCUGCAGAGAUUGGGGGCUGCAGCAGCCUGAAUGUGCUCUCCCUUCGAGACAACCGCCUGGAAUUGCUGCCCCCGGAGCUCGCGAGCACCACUGAGCUGCACGUCCUGGACGUAGCAGGCAACCGGCUGCAGCACUUGCCCUUCACCCUGACCAACCUGCACCUGAAGGCCCUCUGGCUGGCGGAGAACCAGUCGCAGCCCAUGCUCAAGUUCCAGGCCGAGGAGGACGAGAAGACGGGGGAGAAAGUGCUCACCUGCUACCUGCUGCCCCAGCAGCCGUCCCCCAGCUCAGAGAACCUCCUGCAGAACAGCCUGGAUGAGAGCUGGGCAGAGGCCAAUCCCAACCGGGUCAGUGUGAUCCAGUUCCUGGAGGACCCUCAAAGGGAGGAGGAAGAGGAGGAGGAGGAAGCUGGCGCCGAGAAGAGGGGGCUGCAGCGCAGGGCCACUCCGCACCCCAGCGAGCUGAAGUCCAUGAAGAAAGGGAUGGAAGUGCGACGCAGUGAGGCCUCCGCGGCAGCUAGGCAGGACUCCGGUAACCCGAGGGAAAGCGGCAAGAGGCUCAGUGCCGCCUCCAACCGCAGCGAAGACUCCCGUGUCUCUGGCAGCACCCUCUCUGCCGGCGACGGCCCGGAGGAGGGGAGAGAGGCGCCACAGCCAGAGGGGGGCACGGCAGAGGCUCAGCCGGAGGGAGAAGGGAAGCUGGCAGCUGAGGGGAGAGGCCAGGCGCCACCAGAGGAAAGGCCCACGCCGGAGGAGACGGGGGAGGACCAGGAAGAGGAGCUGGAGCUGGAGUACUCCGAGCCCACGGUGCAUUUUGCAGAAGACACCCUGGUUCACAGUGAGGACGAGGACGAGGAGGCCCCCCAGUUCCCUGCAGGGAAGCAGCGGCUGAUCCGCAAGGACACGCCCCAUUACAAGAAGCACUUCCGGAUUGCUCAGCUGCCCCGCCCGGAAGCGGUGGUGGCCCUCCUGCAGGGCUUCGGGGCCAGUGGGGGCCCCCAGGAGGAGCAGGAGGAGGAGGAGGAGGAGGCUCCGGAGCAGGCAGGGUGGGGCCAGGAAGAGGCGGCCAGCGAGGGGGCAGCGGCCCCACCCUCAGUCAAGGGGGUGUCGUUUGACCAAGCCAAUAAUCUGCUGAUUGAGCCCGCUCGCAUUGAGGAGGAAGAGUUGGCUCUGACGAUCAUGCGGCAGACGGGCGGCCUUGGCAUCAGCAUUGCAGGGGGCAAAGGCUCCACUCCCUACAAGGGCGACGAUGAGGGCAUCUUCAUCUCCCGUGUGUCGGAGGAGGGCCCGGCGGCACAGGCUGGGGUGCGCGUGGGGGACAAGCUCCUGGAGGUGAAUGGGGUGUCCCUGCACGGCGCUGAGCACCACGUGGCCGUGGAGGCCCUCCGGGGCUCGGGCAGCAGCGUCUCCAUGACCGUGCUGCGGGAGCGGAUGGUGGAGCCCGAGAACGCUGUUACGGUGACGCCGCUGCGGCCCGAAGAUGAUUACAGCCCACGGGAAUGGCGUGGAGGGCUGCACUUGGCCACGGGGGCCACGGACGCCACCCCAACCGAGCGGCUCUCGGCCUGCCUGGUGCGGAACGAGCGGGGCCUGGGCUUCAGCAUCGCUGGGGGCAAGGGCUCCACCCCGUACCGGCCAGGGGACACGGGCAUCUUCAUCUCCCGGAUUGCAGACGGGGGGGCUGCCCACCGGGAAGGGACGCUGCAAGUGGGCGACAGGGUCAUCUUGAUCAAUGGGGUGGACAUGACGGAGGCCCGGCAUGAUCAGGCUGUAGCGUUGCUGACCGCCUCCCCACCCACCAUUGCUCUGCUGGUGGAAAGAGAGGCGGCCCCGCAAGAGAAGGACCUCCCUGUGGGGCCGUGUGGGCCCCGGCCCCCCUCGCCACCACCUCUGCCCCCGCAAGGAGAGACCCCGCUGGAGGAGGCAGCAGCGUGCCCCCCCAGGAGCCAGCUGCCCAAAGACACGGAGAGCCAGUACCCCACCGAGGAGGUCUGCCUGGUCAAGGCUGGGGGGCCCCUUGGCCUCAGCAUCGUGGGAGGCAGUGACCACUCCAGCCACCCCUUUGGCAUCCACGAGCCGGGAGUCUUCAUUUCCAAGGUCAUCCCGCGUGGCCUGGCCUUCCGCAGCGGCCUGCGUGUGGGGGACCGGAUCCUGGCGGUGAACGGCCUCGAUCUGCGCCAGGCGACCCAUCAGGAGGCGGUCAGCGCUCUGCUCUCCAGCACCCCAGAGCUGCAGAUGGUGGUCAGGCGAGACCCUCCCCCGCCCGGAAUGGAGGAGAUCUCCAUUGAAAAGCGGCCUGGAGAGAAACUGGGCAUCAGCAUCCGAGGCGGCGCCAAGGGCCACGCGGGGAACCCCUUCGACCCCACCGACGAGGGGAUCUUCAUCUCCAAGGUCAGCUCCACCGGGGCAGCGGCCCGUGAUGGCCGGCUGAGGAUGGGGCUGCGCAUCCUGGAGGUCAACCAGCAGAGCCUGCUGGGCAUGACCCACGCGGAGGCGGUCCAGGUCCUGCGUGCCGUGGGGGACCGGCUGCUGGUGCUCGUUUGCGAGGGCUUUGACCCCAAGGCCGUGGCCGCCCUUGAGAUGUCUCCCGGAGUCAUCGCCAACCCUUUUGCGGCCGGCAUCGGGCGCAAGAACAGCUUGGAGAGCAUCUCGUCCGUUGACCGGGACCUCAGCCCAGAGGAGGCGGACCUUCUUCAGAAGGACAGGGGCAGCGCAGAGAUCCUGCAGCUGGAUUACCGCACCCUGGCAGCCCUGCCCAGCAGCAGCAGCAGCAGCCGUCUCCAGAAGGGCCCCCUCGGCGGUCUGGCAGUGGGGGAAGCCGAGUCCGGCCGGCAAGAGCCUCCCAGCAGCCAACAGACCAAGCCCGGGAGAAUUCAGCCAGUCUCUCGCCUGCGCCUGACCUCAGCCCCGAGCCCCGCGGAGGGCCCAGACAAUCCCAGCCCUUUCCAGCAGCCUGAGCUGACCUCUGGCCCCAAUGGUCUGCCUUGGCAGUCCAGACCCCUCUCGCCGAGGGAGGACCUCCCUGUCAGUGCCAAGCAGGCCUACAGGGCCUUGGCCGCCCUCCCGGGAUUGCAGCUGCCCUUGGAGCUGGAGGAGCUGCCGGGACAGAGGAGCCUUGAGCAGGCACUGCCCAUCUCUUCCGAGACCCCGUGGCCGGGCGGCCCGCACAGCCCGGAGCAGCGGACCUUCCGCGAGAGACAGAAGUACUUUGAGCUGGAGCUGAAGCAGCAGCCACCGCCUGCCGAGAAGCCCCUGAAGCGAGUCUCCCUGGUCGGGGAGGAAGACCUGAAGAAAAUGAAGGAGGAGGAAGCUCGGAAACUCCAACAGAAGCGAGCCCAGUUGCUGGAGGAGGAGGAGGAGGAGGAGGAAGAUGAGGAGGGGGAGGUGGCACACGGCCAGCGCCCCCCAGGCAUGGGCGGCCCCUCCAGCAUCUUCAUCGAAGGCGUUGAGUACAGAGUCGAGAAGCAGAACGGGAACAAUCUCUCCCCCACCGCUUGGAUGAGUCCCGUCUGCGCCAGAGGGGGGGAGCCGGGGGUGCCGGUCCGGACAGCCAAAGCCGAACGGCGGCACCAGGAGCGCCUGCGGGUGCAGAGCCCGGAGCUGCUGGCCGCCCCGGAGAAGGAGCUCUCCCCGGCGGAGCGCCGAGCCCUGGAAGCGGAGAAGCGGGCCAUGUGGCGAGCAGCACGAAUGAAGUCCCUGGAGCAGGAUGCCCUCAAGGCCCAGAUGGUGAUUGCCAGGUCCAGGGAGAACAAGAAGCGGGGCACGCUGGAGCAGCUGGCAGAGUCGCCGUCCCCGGCCCCCACGCCCUCCCCCACGCCCUUGGAGGACGGCGCUUCCCGGGUCGCAGUUACGCCAGGCCGGCUGUCUCUGCCUGAAAAGAGGUUCCUCUACAGGGAAUUUGCGGCCAUUCCUUCUUCCAAACCUGUAUAUGACCUCCAGACUCCGGAUGGGCGAGAGUCCUGCAAGCGCUUUGGCAGCCUCGACAGCAGCUCAGGGCGCCAGGAGCACGGUGGGACCCCGGAGCCCUUGAUGACCCACGGCCCCUCUGCGGGCCAGGAGCUGGGGCUGUUUGGUGACGAGCGCAACCUCCAGCAGGCCCAACACAGCUUAGAAGCCGCGGUCCCGACAUAA